AAUAACGAAGGCAAUUGCAUUGUUUUCAUCACUCACUUCACUCUUCUUUCUUCUUCUCCAUCUCAAAUUCCACCAAAAUCCAACCUGCAAAAAUCGCCGCCACAAACACAAGAACAAAGCAACUCCUCCCACCGCCCAUCUCCAGCAAUGGCGUCAACACUUUUCUCUCAAUCUAUGCUCUCCCUUCCCAGCUCUCCGUCUUCCAACAAAAGCACAUCUCUUCCCUUCAACCCAUCUUUUGUCUCCGCGCCAUCAAGGAAGAUCCGCCUCACUUCGGUCUUCAGCUCCACUUCCACCGUCGAUUCACCCCCCUCUGUAGAUACCCCAAUUGAACUCAAGUACCCCGCGUUUCCGACGGUAAUGGAUAUCAAUCAAAUUCGUGAAAUUCUGCCUCACCGAUUUCCGUUUUUACUUGUGGAUAGAGUGAUUGAAUACAAUCCUGGGGUGUCUGCUGUGGGCAUCAAGAACGUGACCAUUAAUGAUAAUUUCUUUCCCGGCCAUUUUCCUGAGAGGCCUAUUAUGCCUGGUGUGCUCAUGGUUGAGGCAAUGGCCCAGGUAGGCGGGCUUGUAAUGCUACAACCAGAAGUGGGAGGGUCACGGGACAAAUUCUUCUUUGCUGGAGUCGACAAGGUAAGGUUCCGGAAGCCGGUGAUUGCAGGAGACACGUUAGUCAUGAGAAUGAACCUUGUAAAACUACAGAAGCGAUUUGGGAUAGCAAAGAUGGAAGGGAAAGCGUAUGUAGGCGGUGAAGUUGUCUGUGAAGGUGAGUUCUUGAUGGCUAUGGGCAGUGACUAAUCUCCCACAACACCAAAUGCUGUUUUCUCAUCUCUUUGCAAUUUUUAUUGUUUCUAUCUGAUUUUAUUUUAUGGCCAACCGUGGAAGUAUGGAACUGCUUCUCCAUUUUUUAUAAGGUUGACAUUGGAUUAAGUCUACUUUUAUCUUCUAUUGUAACCUAAUGUUCAUUGGAGAAUGCUAGAAAUGGGAGGUUUGUCUUCAUUUUC